AUGGCUGUCGGCAAGAGCAAGAAGAUGGGCAAAAAGGGCGGCAAGAAGAAGGCUGUCGACCCCUUCACGCGCAAGGACUGGUACGACGUCAAAGCCCCCUCGCUCUUCACCGCUCGCCAAGUCGGAAAGACGCUCGUGAACAAGACUGUCGGCACAAAGAUCGCCGCUGAUGGCCUCCGCGGUCGUGUGUACGAGGUGUCGCUGGGCGACCUAAACCAGUCUGAGUCGGAUUUCCGAAAGUUCCGUCUCAUCUGCGAAGAGGUCCAGGGUAAGAGCUGCCUGACGAACUUCCAUGGCAUGAGCUUCACCCGCGACAAGCUGGCGUCCAUCGUGAAGAAGUGGCAUACCCAAGUUGAAGGCAACGUUGCUGUAAAAACGACGGAUGGAUAUUUGCUGCGCGUUUUCUGCAUCGGCUUCACCAAGCGUCGUCCGAAUCAGGCCAGCAAGACCACCUACGCCAAGGCCUCGAAGGUGCGAGCGCUGCGCGCUAAGAUGAUUGAGCAUAUUCAAAAAGAGGUGACCGUCUCUGAUCUGAAGUCUUUUUGCGCCAAAUUGAUCCCCGACUCUAUCGGAAAGGACAUCGAGAAGGCCUGCUACCCGAUCUACCCGCUCCAUGAUGUGUAUAUUCGCAAGGUCAAAAUCCUCAAGAAACCGAAGUUCGAGAUGGCGAGGCUGUUGGAUGUGCACGGCGACCCGGUCAGCACGAUUGCCGCUGAUGGGACCAAGAUUGACCGCCCGGCUGGCUACGAACCCCCAGUUCAAGAAGCUGUU